AUGGCACCAGACAUUAUCAAGCCUGCUGAUCGUACAUUUCAGGACAUGCCAGAACCUAUUCAGCAUUCAAGUCGAUAUUUGCCACACUUUAAGGGUUGCAUUGGUGCAAUUGAUGGGGUCCACAUCCCCGUGAUCAUACCAGAUGAGGAGCAACACCCGUACUAUAACAGGAAGGGGAUCAUCACAACAAAUUGCAUGUGUGCGUGUGACUUUGACAUGAAGUUCACAUUCGCAUGUGUAGGGUGGGAAAGGUCAGCGCAUGACAUGAGGAUUUUUUUAAACUGUCUCAAUAAUGAGAGCGACAACUUUCCAAAAGCUCCAGCUGGAAAGUAUUAUCUUGUUGAUUCAGGGUACCCUAUGAGGAAAGGGUUCCUUGCACCAUAUAAGGGGGAGAGGUACCACAUCCCCGAAUUUCAGCCUUAUGAAGUGUUGCAUCGUCCAGAGGAGAGAUAUAAUUAUCUCCAUUCGUCACUCCGUUCGGUCAUAGAACGAACUUUUGGAGUUUGGAAGAAUAAAUGGAAAAUUUUGAGAAAUAUGCCAGGGAAGAGUGAAAGUUCAAAAACUUCCAAAUAUACAGGGGGCACAUCUGGACAUAGUGAGAGAGGUCAUUACGAUGCCGAGGCACAUGCAAUCUCAAUCUUGGACGAACCUGAGAUGAAACAAGUUCGUGACAAUAUCACAGCAUCGAUAUGUGCAGACCAUAACUGA